CCACCAGCUGCACAGAUCCUCCGCUCACGCGCUCAGCUCCAGCAGCAGCGCACUAGCGGAUAGCAGCCAGAUUUGGCUCCACGAGCUUUACGCGUCUAUUUGAGAAGACGACCGAGCAGCAGCAGAGCAACUCAGGCAGCGUCGCUGGUCUCGCCAGAGAUCUUGGUGCCGCCAUGCAUCUCCUCCAUCGAUCCUCCGUGUUGGGCGGCGGCGGCGGUCGGGCGCCGCGGCGAGGGGGAGCUGGCACCCCGAGGGCGCCGCCGCCGAGGCAGCACCAGCUCUUCUCCAAAAGCGACUCCAUCAAGAAGAGGAGCGCCGCCGCCGCCAAGGGGUCCAAGCGCGCGCGGCUGCGCGCCGGGCUCGCCGCCGCGCUGCAGGACCUCAGGUUCGGCGGCCGCCACAAGCGCCGCUCGUCACCGGCGUCCGCCGACGGCGCCACGCGGCCCGGCUCUCAGGUCGGACACGAAGCGGCCCGCCGCGCCGCGGACGCCGCCGCUUGCCCGCCGUGCGCCACCGCCGCGUCCAACAGUCGCCAGCAGGGGACGAUGGAGAGUGGCGGUGGCGACGGCGCGCUGCUGCUGCUGCUGCUGGCGUUGAUGGCACUCGUCUGCGUGGUGGCGCUCGGCCGUGCGCCGGCCGUCUGCUGCUGCACCUGCGCCGCGUGGCUGUGCCGAGGCCGCUCCGCCGCCGCCGGAGCGGCGCGCUCUGCAGUAGACCAGUAGUAGCGUAGUGCAAGCACAAGCUGGUUAUGCUGGUAGCACUGACGACGCCAACGCCGCUGGGCCCUGUAGGUGAAUAGAAUCAUCUGUCACUCUCACUCGGUCACUCCUUCGCUUUGUCUUCCGAGAUCCUUGGAACAGAGUUCAGACUCUGCUGCCAAGAAGAGCGGCGCCGGCGAAGGUUAAGUGUGCGCGGCUGCGCGUCGGGCUCGCCGGCCGCCACAAGCACGGCUCACCGCUCUCUGCCGACGGCACCACGCGGGCGACGCAGCCCGGCACUCGAAGCGGCCCGCCGCGCCGUGGACGCCGCCGCCACCGCCACCGCGUCCGGCAGUCCGGGGCCGGCGGCCUCGAGUGAACUAGAUAUUAUGUGCCCUUUAAUCUAAAUAUUUUUUUCAUUGUAAUAUGAUAAAGGAGAUAAUAAUAAUAAUAUUAGAUAUUUAAUUCUUGAA